UAUAUAUAAUUUCUAUUAUUUUCAUAUUUAUCUGUAUAAAAAAUUUUGAUAAAGAACCCUCAGCAGCCUCAGGUACAUUCACGAAAAUAUCUCUCUACUUCUAAGGCAUUCAACUUUAAUGGGCAAUUGCUUUCACAUCAAAUAACUUUGAUUUCCAUUAUAUUUUUGAAAUGUGUUUCUUGUAUAGUGGAAUAAUAUUUUUCCACAUCUAAAUAUAUGAAUAAUACUGAAAAAUAAUUCCGAGUCCACCUAAAAAACGAUUUUCUUGCUGAACUAUCUAGUGGACAUUUGACUCAUUCAUAUUCAUACUGAUGACUCCGUCUCGAUUAUUCGUCGAAUCAAGUUUGUUCGUAGUUCAUUCGUGUUCGUUCGCGUUCGUUCACUUGACUCUGGACCUAUCCUCCAUCAGUACUUCAUUGGUAGAUGAAUAAUCGGUUUGAUUUCUUAUCAGUACGCAAAAAAUACGGCCAACACUGACGAGAUACUAAAAAUUGCAAGUCCUGAGUAAAUUUCGUGAUUAUCGUGGAAAUAACUGAAGAGUUAUACAAAUAUUAUCGAGUGCUCAAUUCGAUAUCGUUCGACAUAAAUAUAUAUCUGAACGAUUAGCCAAUAUUGCAGUAAAGUAUAAUCAAUCAUUAUCGUAAAGUACUGAUAAUAAUGUCGAUACUCCAAUUACUCCCGGACCUAUCGGGCUCGCUUGAUAAUAAUCAAGAAAAUUUGCUCAGGAUUGGCCUGAUCUUUUUCAAGCAAAAGCGAGCACGAACAAGCGCGAAUGAAGAACUACGAACGAACUCGACGAGAGCGACCGACGUACGAACGAGCCCAAGCCCCAAAUGAACAUCGACAAAUACGUUCGGUUUCUUCUCUCGUCGAUAUGUUUAUCAGAGGAAAAGCACUCGGUAAGGUGCUGGACACUGCUGGAAUUGCCGGAUAGCUUAGUGACAAAACACUCGUCUGUCAGGUGGAGAGGACAGAUUCGAUUCCCGACUCUGUUGUCUCACAAAAAAAAAUCUUUGAAAGGAAAGAUAUUAAUCUGAUAGACAUAAAAUUAUCCAAAAUCAUAAAAGUCUAAUGCAACUCGACAAUAUAUUGUGCUCUUUACGGGACGGAAAUACAAAUAAUAAUAAUAAUCUGACAAUGAGAUAUCAAAUCUCAUCAUAAAUCAUGCUACUUUGUCCACUACUUUGCCCUAGUAGGGACAGAAAUACACGAGAGACGGGAGAGAAACAAUCAUUCGUGAUCGUUCAUGCUCGACCUGUCUGGACGGGUUAAUAUAUUUUCUCAGCUGAGGCAUUCGUACACAGAAUUGAAGCCUCGUCGAAGUCAAAUCUCUUUUGUAAACUAUAUUAAAUAAAGAUAAUAUAUAUUGUAAAGAGAGAGUUAUAUAAUGAAAUAAUGGAGUGGCCAAACGAUAAAGUUUUAUUAUUUAUUAGUGAAAUAGAAAGCCUGCCGAUUCUAUGGGAUUCCUCAGAUCCGUAUUAUAAAAUUAGUAGGAAAAAAAAUGAAACGUGGGAAAAUCUCGCUAAUAAAUUCCUUACGACAGUACUGGACGUUAAAAAGAAAUGGCUUUCGUUACAGGCGUCGUAUAGAAGAGAGAGAAUUAAAGUGAUUGAUUCUACAAAGGGAAGCGAAAAGAAGGUAUCAUCAAAAUGGUUUGCGUAUCGUGCAAUGAUGUUCUUGGGAGAUCAUUAUAGACCGAGAGGUGCAAGAAAUACUUCUGAGACUUCUGAGGCGUGUCAACGGGAAGAAAAUAAUGACCGUAAGGACCACGAAAGCAUUAAUGAAACAGAAGUAACACGCCCGAAAGCAGAAGCUACAUUACAACACGAAUCAGAGAGAAGCUUACGAUUGCGUAAUAUCCCGUUACGAAAAAAACAUUUGAAAGUAUUUCAUUCUCCAGAAUUAAGUAGUCCGAGGAAAAAAAAGAUUAACGAAGAUAACAAGCCAAGUGAAAUGUAUAUUUUAAAGGCUACUAUCGCAGAGAAAGAAUCUCUACGAGAUGAAAAUGAGACUUAUGGUGAAUACGUGGCGUUGACUUUGAAGAAAUUAGAUAAUUAUUCACGUAUAAUGGCUAAACGUUACAUUAAUGAGAUUCUUAUAGAAGCGGAAUUAGGAAAAUACAAAGAUUCGAUUCCUCAAAGAUCCCCUACACCUACGACUAAUUAUUCUGCUGUUUCACCAUCGCUUUCUGUAUAUUCCUACCAAUCUGGAGGUUCCAAUAACGUGAUUUCUUCCGAACCGAAUCUAUAAUUACCUGUUGAAUUCAAUAGUAUUACAAAAUUACUUAAUAUCAUUUCAAUUAUUUUUAUUUUCUACGAGUUUACAUAUUAGCUUCUUCAUUUUCAUAACUAAUUUUAUAAUUAAUUUCU